GCACUGACAGAUAAAGGCGUCAAUGGUGAUUAUGGGUGGCAUUCUUUAAUUAUUAUAUGGGAUUUUUGUUGUUAAAAGGCUUAAAAAUUUGGAGUGCACUCUUAUCGACAUGGAACCUGAGGACGUGUAUUACAACAAGGCGGAAUACGUCGAAACGGCAACCGGGAACAAGGUAAGCAGACAGACAGUUCUCUGUGGCUCGCAAGGUAUCGUUUUGUACGGAAAGGUGAUCGUACAGUCGGAUGCAAUAAUCAGAGGUGAUUUAGCCAACGUUAGAACCGGACGUUAUUGCAUUAUCAGCAAACACGCUAUCAUAAGGCCACCGUUUAAAAAAUUCAGCAGAGGCGUUGCCUUCUUCCCACUGACAUUAGGCGACCACGUAUUUGUGGGGGAACGAGCAGUGGUAAACGCAGCUAUCGUCGGUUCUUGCGUAUAUAUAGGAAAAAACGCAGUAAUCGGAAGGAGGUGCGUCCUGAAAGCCUGUUGCUACAUUGAGGAUGGAGCCGUCGUUCCACCGGAAACUGUAGUCCCGUCGUUCACGCGUUUCGCCGGCAACCCUGCGAAAUGUGUCGAGGAUUUACCCGAUUGCACAUUGGAUCUUAUGCAAGAAUUUACAAAGAAUUAUUAUCAACACUUUAUACCAUCCCGCACAUAACAUAUUUCGCUUAUUAUUGCUGCUGUUCCAUAUUCUCGCCUGCGUUAUUCAGAAAUGUCUCCUCCUCGAGGAAUUCGAGCGAGCCACUGU